AUGGAUGUACAUAAAAAUGAAGAGAAAAAUAUUAUCAAUUUGGAUGGGUUGGAGGCUGAGUCUUCCUCUAAGGAGGAAGCAAUUAGGGUGUGCACCCGUAUAAGGCCUCUAUUUGAAAAAGAAGUCAACAGUGGCCACUUGAAGGCAUGGAAAAUGAACGAGACAAGCAUGCAACUAGUAGUUGAGCCACUCUCCUUGACCGAAAUGCUAAAAGCAAGAGUUCAAAAGAAAGGAAACAAAGUGGAAUUUAAGAAGAAUGUGGAAAAAUCAGAGGGUCAAAAGGCUGUUUUGCAACGUUUCUAUGCAUUCGAUCGAUGUUUUGAUGAUCAUGUUGGCAAUGAAGAAGUGUAUAAACACUUAGCCAAAGAUAUCGUUCUUGACACGUUUAAAGGAAUAAAUGGGUGUAUUCUUGCUUAUGGACAGACGGGAUCAGGAAAGACGCACAGCGUUAUGGGAGUGCCUACAGAUCCUGGUAUGCUACCGAGAUCGCUAGCGGAAUUUUUUAAUGGUAUUGAAAACCCCUCAUCGUUAAAUGAGGAUAGUGACAAUAUGAAUACUGAUGAUGAGUCAAAUAACAAUACGAAAGAAUUUUUGAUGAGUGUGACAUAUUUAGAAGUAUAUAUGGAAAGAGUAAAUGAUUUGUUACAAGAAGGGUACAGAGGAGGGGCAACUGAAAAUUUGGAUGUAAAGGAAGAUCCUAAAAGGGGUUUUGUUGUAAUUGGUAUUCAAGAAGAAACAGUAACAUCAAUAGAUGAAGUAAUGCUUUUAGUUGCAAAAGCUGAACAAAGAAGACACAUUUCUCAAACAAAUUUUAACGAAACUUCUUCGAGAUCACAUACUAUUUUUACUGUCAUAUUGGAAUCAAAUCAAGUUAUAAGUGAUGGAACAUCUAUUAAUAAAAGAGGGGAACUAAAAAUAGUAGAUUUAGCAGGGAAUGAAAGAGCAGGGAGAGCUGCUGAAGGGAUAGAAAAUGCAAAAACUCUUAUCGAAGAAGGAAAAGCAAUAAAUAAAAGUUUAUUCGUUUUAAGUGAAGUAAUUUCAAAAUUAUCAAAAAGAGCUCAAGCUAUUGCAGCAGGGGAUGAGAAAAAAAUAAAAAAAAUACAAGAAGAUUUGGUUUUUAUUCCAUGGAGAGAUUCUAAAUUGACCAGAAUUUUAAGUAAAAGUUUGGGAGGAAAUUGUCGUGCAUCUGUCAUUGUAGCCGUACAUCCUUCUCACUUUUAUUUGGACACAUCUUUUUCUACCUUGCGUUUUGCUUUAAAAUGCAAGACAAUCAAAAAGAAGAUAGAAGUGAACUAUUUAUCAGCAGAGCAAUCUGUUAUUAUGCAACAAAAGGAAUUAAUAGCCAAGCUACAAAAUCAGUUGAAACAUUUGGCUACUGCUAAAAAUGUAGAUAUACAGUUAUCAGAGGGAGGUAACAACUAUGCAAAUACUAGGAAACCAGAAGAUGAUGAAAAGAUAUUGGCUUUAAAACACGAAUUGGAAGAAAAAGUAAAAAAAUUUCAAAAUUUUAUAUUAAAAUCUGAGUUUAAUGUACAUCCAAAUAAUUAUAGAACAUUGAGAUCUAUAGACGCAAAUACAGAAAAGUCGUUGAAGUAUUCAAUGACUAUACCAACUAAUAUAAAAAAUGAAUAUACUUGGCUAAGAUCAUUUGACACACAAGAGUAUGAUUCCAAAUGGGAUGGCAUGGACAAAUAUGAAGACCAAAAUGCACAAGAAAAUAUCAAUAUUUCUAAAGCUAUGGAUUAUUUGAAAAAUAAAUCUCCAUAUAAAUUAAAUUCAUCAGAAAUUAGUGAUGGUGCAUUGUCCAGUGGAUCUCAAAAAGAUGACUUGGUUUCUUUGAAUUAUUUUAACGAAUUGGAAGAGUUAGAAAAGAUGGAAAAAAAUGAACUAACAAGGAGAAAAAGGAAAGAAAAGGGGGAUGCUACAACCAGUAAUACGUCCACCAAUAGGGUAUAUGGAGAAUUGAGUAAGUUAAGUGCUAUAGAACAUUCCAAUUUGAUAGAUGAAGAAGAAAAGGUCGAUACUAAUAAGGGAAAAAAAGCGAAGAAGAAAAAGGGGAAAAAAACAAACAAUGUUGAUAUUACUAAUAAGGAUACUACAGUAUUGGUUAAAGGAAAGGGUAAAUUAAAGGGAAAAGGAAACAAGGUGUCUACUAACUACAUUAGGAAGAAAAAAGUUGUCAUUAAUGGUAAAUAUAAAAAGGGAUCAUCUGAAAAAAUAUCCAAUAUGCAUAAGAUAGAAAGCGAUACGAGAAGUGAUACAGGUGGGAGAAGUGACAUAUGUAGAAGAAGUGAUACAAGUGGAAGAAGCGAAACAGGUGGAAGAAGCGAAACAGGUGGAAGAAGCGAAACAGGUGGAAGAAGCGAAACAGGUGGAAGAAGCGAAACAGGUGGAAGAAGCGAAACAGGUGGAAGAAGCGAAACAAGUGGAAGAAACGAAACAGGUGGAAUAAGUAACAUCGAUGGAAGAGGUGAUAUGGAGAACAAUGGGGAAACGAAUCGAGAGACUAGUCAAGGAAACGAUAACAAGCAGAACAAUGAAGUGAAGCGGUCCAGUGAAGCUAACAUAGUCAUGCGAGAGUACUCUAUGGGCUUGUCAUCUAAACUGAAAGAGCAAGAUGACAAUGAAAAAAGAACGUCUAUAAUAUCAAACCUGAAAGAAAAAAUUGAAGAAGAUCUGAAAAAGAAAAAGAAAAUUAUCAGCAGAAAUAUCGAACUUAACAAACAAAUAAAAUUUAUUAUGAAACUUAUGCAGAAGGUUGGAUUGUCUACAAUAUUAACAGGCGUUGUUCCUCCAGGUAGAAAUAUAGAAAAUGUCUUAAAAUUACAGGAAAAUUUGAGGGAGGAUUUAAAGUUAUGUGUAACCAAGAAAUCGAUAGAGUUUCUUAAUGGAAAAUUAAACAAUAAUAAUGAUGAUAAAACUGCCUGUACUCCUUCUGGUGCUUAUACUACCAAUAAUAAUUACGUUGAUAUUGCCAUCAAGAGCUUCAAUGAUAAGGAAAUAAUGGAUGAUGUGGAAGAGAAGGAGGAAGAGAUGCUAUGUGGCACAUUUGAUGAUAACGAAAAUGAAGCGAAAUACAAUGAAUCUAUAUCACACGUGUUCAUAAACGAAAUGUUUUUUUCGUUCAUACUCAGAAUACAACAGAGAAAAGAUUCAAGUGAUUAUUCCUUAAAAAAUAUAGAAGAAAUGCUAAAAAAUGAAGAAAAACCAUAUGACUUGUCCAAAAAGGCGCUGGAAGAUAUAUUAGGCAGUACAAUUGCAAAUAAAGUCCAUGAGCUCGAGGAGUCAAAUCCAACAAAAAAACAUAUAAAAGAUGAAAAAAAUAAAAAAACACUUGAUUCUAUUUUUAAUAUGCUCAUGCCAUGGGAACAGAAAAUAUUAGCACUGCUAUAUGAACAACAAAAAAUGAGACAGAGUGUUCAAAACAUUAAGGAAAAGUUUUCACAACGCAUUCAAAAUAUUAACAUAUUUAUUAAAAAAAUUUUAAUUGAUAAGGUUGAAGUGGAAAAACAUUUUAAUCGUAUUAUUAAAGCUACUGAAAAUUACAAAGAUGAUAUGUUAAAAACAUCGGAUGUUGAUUCAAAUUUCAAGUUUGCUGGAUUAAUGAAAAAGUUAGAAGAGCUGUCCAUUUCGUUGGCGGAAAAAACAAGAGAUUUCAAUGUGUUAGCAGAAUUUCAUUUAAAUUUGAGAAAGCAAAUGGAGAAAAAAGAUUCUUUAAUUAAAGAACUGCAAGAAGAAAACAAAUUGUUUUAUCUUGUUCCGAAAUAUAAUGAACUGUUGCAAGAACUGUGUGAGCAGGAACAAAAUAGCAAUACAGCAACCAGGGAACUGAAAAGGGAAUUCCUUUUAAUGUAUGGACGUUUAAUAUUUUCGAGAAAGAGAUUACAAGAAAAGGAAGUUAUAGAGAAUGAUAUGAGAAAUUUAAAUAAAAGAAUUUACACCGAGUUGGUAGAGUCCAUAUCAAUUAUAAAAAAUUUGGAAUCUCAAAAUAAAUUCUUAGAAUUUAAAUUGAAUAUGGAAAAUAAGAAAAAAAUCGAAAAAAUAAAGAAAUUGUUAAACGAAAAGGAAAUGCAUAGCAAAAUCAUAAGUCAAAUGGAGAAAAUGCUCGAUGAUGCAAAUAUAGACACGAGUAGCCUGAAGAACGAAAUAAUGGGUAGUUAUAACAACAGUAAUAUGCAUGCAUACGAUGAAAACAGUGAGGAAGGGGGAGAUUUGGUGUCCCAGCACGAGAAGAAAAGGGAUCAAGGGGGAAAAAAGAAGAAGAGGAAAGAAAAGGAAAAAGCCAUAAAAAAAAACAACAAGGUUGGUAAUAAAAAUGACGCUAAAAAUGUGGUAAAAAAUGAGGCUAAAAAUGUGGUAAAAAAUGAGGCUAAAAAUGUGGUAAAAAAUGAGGCUAAAAAUGAGUCUAAAAGUGAGGUUAAAAAUGGAGAUAGAAACCAUGAAAAAAGCUACAAGGAAAAGGGAAAUUCAAAGAAAAGAGGAACAUCACAGGAAAAUGCAACAAAGGAAAAACUGACAGGGAAAAAAAAACAAAACAAAGAGAACAUUCCUAGCACCACCUAUUCUGCAGAAAAAAUUUUAAAGAAAUCAGCAAGUAAAAUAGACACCAACUUAAAUCACAAAAGAGGAAGUAUAAAAAAAAGGGUUUCUCAAGAUAAAAACAGUUUAAACGAUUUGUAUGAAAACUUGAAGGAUGUUUCAUUAGAAAAGUUCUCCAAAUUAGAAUCUAAUAAAAAAAAUGUCCAAAAAAAUAUAAGUAAAAUUAAGAAAAAAAAUGAAAAUAAGUUUGGGGAAGUAAACAUAUUAGAGGAAAUUAAGUCAUUUGACAGGGUUCCCCAAAAAAAAAAAAAAGGAAAAAAAAAAGUAGGAAAUGAUGAUUUAUCAGAGGUAAAUUUUAUUGGAGAAUUCAAGUCAAGUAACAGUAUUAGAAAAAAGAAGAAAAAAAUUAUUAAAGGGAGAAGAAGAAACAUAUUAAAAUACUUAAAUAAAGGGGGUGACAGUAAGGGCAAGGAAAAUAUGGAAACGGUGUUAUCUGAGGAAAAUAUAUUUCAAGGAUACAAAAAUGAUAAUUCUACAACGGACUUUGAAACUAACGAAAUUCGUCAUAUGCUAAACAAGGAAAUUGAGAAGAAAAAAAAAAUUAACAAGGGAUAA